ACUAAUACAAGAUACUGAAAAUGUCUAUGAAUAAAGUAAAAGCUACAGCUGAAAGCAGCUAAUUGUAAAUCCACGGAGAUAAAGCUCACCCACUCACCAGAAAAUGACGUUGACGGCCGUGUAGAGCAGGACACUAUGGAAGGGUCUCUCCCACACCAGCACAGACUGCAGAUGGAAGCGGAGUGCAGUGAAGCUCAAGAUGUGCGCAUGCGCAUUGUGUGUCCGUUAGGCCGUUUGUGUUGUUGGAGCGGGAACAGCACACACGCAGGAUUGACAGAAAGCAGCGCCUCUCUAACCUUUUCUGAUUAUACAGUUGAAGGACAGCAUGCCUCGAGAAAUCAUCACCCUGCAGCUCGGACAGUGCGGGAAUCAAAUUGGUUUUGAGUUUUGGAAGCAGCUCUGCGCUGAGCAUGGCAUCAGCCCAGAGGGAAUUGUAGAGGAGUUUGCCACUGAGGGUACUGACCGGAAAGAUGUCUUCUUCUAUCAGGCAGAUGAUGAGCACUACAUUCCUCGUGCUGUGCUGUUGGAUCUGGAGCCUCGAGUCAUCCAUACCAUCCUGAACUCCCCCUACGCCAACCUGUAUAACCCAGAAAACAUCUAUCUGUCUGAGGAUGGUGGAGGAGCUGGGAACAAUUGGGCCAGUGGCUUCUCUCAGGGGGAAAAAAUCCAUGAGGACAUUUUCGACAUCAUCGACAGAGAAGCAGAUGGCAGUGACAGUCUGGAGGGGUUUGUACUUUGUCACUCCAUUGCUGGGGGAACAGGAUCUGGUCUGGGGUCUUACCUACUGGAACGACUGAACGACAGGUAUCCUAAAAAACUGGUUCAGACCUACUCUGUCUUUCCAAACCAGGAUGAGAUGAGUGAUGUUGUCGUACAGCCAUAUAAUUCUCUCCUGACCCUAAAGAGACUGACUCAGAAUGCAGACUGUGUGGUGGUGUUGGACAACACCGCUUUGAACAGGAUCGCCACAGACCGGCUGCACAUUCAGAACCCCUCCUUCUCUCAGAUCAACCAGCUGGUAUCCACCAUAAUGUCAGCAAGCACAACAACCCUCCGUUACCCUGGAUACAUGAACAAUGACCUGAUUGGAUUGAUUGCGUCACUCAUCCCCACUCCCCGCCUACACUUCCUCAUGACUGGAUACACACCACUGACCACUGAUCAGUCGGUGGCCAGUGUGAGAAAGACUACAGUUCUUGAUGUGAUGAGAAGGCUCCUACAGCCUAAGAACGUCAUGGUGUCAACAGGCCGAGACCGGCAGACGAAUCACUGCUACAUUGCUAUUCUCAACAUUAUCCAGGGAGAGGUGGAUCCCACACAGGUGCAUAAGAGUCUGCAGAGGAUCAGGGAGAGGAAGUUAGCUAAUUUCAUCCCAUGGGGACCAGCUAGCAUACAGGUGGCACUCUCCCGCAGAUCCCCCUACCUGCCAUCCGCCCACCGUGUUAGUGGGCUUAUGAUGGCCAAUCAUACCAGCAUCUCUUCGUUGUUCGAGCGAACCUGUCGUCAGUAUGAUAAGCUGAGGAAGAGGGAGGCAUUCCUCGAGCAGUUCAGGAAAGAGGACAUAUUCAAGGACAACUUUGACGAGCUGGAUAACUCUCGUGAGGUGGUUCAGCAGCUUAUAGAUGAGUACAGCGCUGCCACACGGCCCGACUACAUCUCCUGGGGUACACAAGAGCAGUGAAAACCUCUCCAGUUACUCCCUAAAGCUCUUGAUCUGCGAGUUCACAAACAAAAAGCCCUAAAAUUCAUCCUGUAAAUAAUGAAAUUACUCCAGUAGCAAAUAGCAGAAUUUAAAGUAGUAAAUGCUCCUCUUAAAACCAGAAACUCAUUUUAAUUUCUCAAGUCUUGCAAGUGAAAGAUCUUUAACUCUGCAUCACUGCUGUUGUAAGAACCUCUCGCAUGUGACUUUCAUCAGUUUACAUAACCUGGUGCCUCUAUCCUAAGCUGUUAUGAACUUUCACUCCUCCUUGCUCUCUCCAGUUUCCUUUCUCUCCGUUUCUUUUGAUCAGAGAAUUUAUGACUCUUUCUUAGUCUAUUUUUGUAUUGCACUCUGCACUCUUCUGCACAAAAUCUACAUCAAUGUACGUCAAGGUGAUGCACCGUCGCCUGCACACAAGCUUCUGUGAACACACGUCAGUCUACACAGAUAAGACUGGGUGGUCUCAGAUGAAUGUAACUGUAGGAGGGAGCGUGAAAGAUUAAGCCACUUGGAAAAUAACAGAUUAAAAGUAGCUUAUGAAUGCUAUCUUACUCCCUCACAUUCACGCAUGCAUGCUUUAAGACAAAAGGCGCUUGCUUUCAGGGGCUAGACAAUGAUUGUGUGGUGUUUGAAUAAAUUUUUCCCCUCCGUCUUUUCUGAAACCAGUUCUCAUGGAUUACUCUGGUGGUCCCCAACCCUGUUCCUGAAGGCCCCCCCAACACUGCACAUUUCUCCCUUAACUGACACACUCAGUUCUGGUCUUUAAGUCUCUACUAAUGAGCUGAUAAGUUGAAUCAGGUGUGUUUGAUUAGGAAGAUAUCCAAAAUGUGUACUGUUGGGGGGCCUCCAGGAACAGGGUUGGGAACCACUGCUCUAGAAGAUUAACUUGAGUUUUGAAAAACGAUCAGCAAAGUCAAGUGUUAUGCUGUACCUCAAUGCAUCCUUUCAAUCAGAGAGCCCCAUUGUGGGUGUUUUUUGUUUGUUUUUUUAGUCAGUCAAAUCAGUGAUAUUACCUCAAUGACUCUUACAUAACAGCCCCAAUGCAUCUUGUUUACUCAUUAAAAUAAGUUUAUUCUAGUGCUCUUUUCUCUUUUGGAUUGGAGAAAGGUUGUACCUCCAGAAAUAACUCUUGCCAAAAUUCUUUGUAAGUGCUCUUUUAAUCUCAGUGUGUUGUCAUUAUUAAGGUUAUACUGUGUACAUAGUUUGUCGUCAGACUUGAUGCAUUUACUUAGUUCAUGAGACUGAAUAAAUGUUUUUCUACAAGAAAAAUAGUAAAAGAAAUUUGGUUUCAUUAGUGUGUGAGAGUACGAAUUACACUCAAACUCUUAGCUCAGGCCAAAAUCAUUCACAGCAGUUGACAAUGGUCAUUUGGCCAUAAUACACAGAUGACAGUUUAGAAAUGAAAUCCUAUUUUCCUGUGAUAAUAGCUCUCUGGUUCUUUUAUCCAUUUUCCAUAUUGUAAUACCUGUCUACAGACAUGCCUCCAUACCAAAUCAAGCACACGUUAGCUGUUAUGGUUUAAUUCAAAGGUGACUUAAGUCUUUUUUCCACCAUCGGGCACGAUUCGGCACGGCAUGAUUAGAAACCGUUCUCGGCCCGUUAUUCUCAGCACGGUUAGACAACCACGCUUAACAGUGCUGGUGGAAUGCCUGUAGUGACGUCGCAACUCACGAUUGGUCACUUGCCAUGGUUACUUGUUUUUUCACUGUAGCUGGCCAAGCCACUAUUUGGGCGAAAUAAACACUUCUCAGGCGGUCCUUAAACUCUUGCGUUACCAACUGGCAUAUUUCUUGUGUACAUUCGAAGUCUGUUUUCAACACCAUAGUGGAAAAAAAUCCGUAACAGUGCCGGCUGGCCCGGAUCGGCACUGAAUAGAACGGUUUCGGGGGCCUGGGUAGCUCUGCGAUUAUUGAUGCUGACUACCACACCUGAAGUCGCGAGUUCGAAUCCGGGGUGUGCUGAGUGACUCCUAAGAUCUCCUAAGCAAUCAGAUUGGCCCAGCUGCUAGGGAGGGUAGAGUCACAUGGGGUAACCUCCUUGUGGUCGCUAUAAUGUGGUUCUCGCUCUCGGUGGAGCACAUGGCGAGUUGUGCGUGGAUGCCACGGAGAAUAGCGUGAAGCCUCCACAUGCGCUACGUCUACGCGGUAUGCGCUCAACAAGCCACGUGAUAAGAUGUGCAGAUUGACGGUCUCAGACGCAGAAGCAACUGGAAUUUAUCCUCUGCCACCCAGAUUGAGGCAAGUCACUAUGUCACCACAAGGACUUAGAGCGCAUUGGGCAUUCCAAAUUGGGGAGAAAAGAAAAAAAAAAAAAGUUUGCAACAAGAACAGUUUGGCCUGAUGGUGGAAGUGUCCCUUCAUUUGAUGUCUCUCCAACACAUGUUUUUACUAGGGCUCUAGUGGGCCCUUCCAAAAAUGUGGAUGCUUAAAAGCAGGAGUGUAACUUUUUUCAAUGUUAAAAUACUUUCUCCUUCUCAGCUUAUAAUGCAGAUACAGCUAUAAUUAAGCCAUUCGUAGGUUGAUUUCCUCCAACUUUAAACUCUGCUUCUCUUUGGCGCUAUAAAAAUUGCUGUUUUAAGUAGCCCGUCCAGCCUGACACAGAAACAUAGGCUCAACCAGUGUUGUGAGUUUUGGGGUGGGACUGCUUGAUUAACAGCAGAUGGGGAGAGUGUUCGAAAAAGCUGAUAGAAAACAAUUUAUUUUUGCAGUUCUGUUUGGUGACACUAGUGGUGCAGAAAUAACACAAUUCAGCUAAGCCAGAUUUGAAGAUGUAGAAAUUGAAUUGCAUUAACAAAAUACCUAUAGGCAAAUAGUUGAUGCUAGACAUCAUCUUAGAACUGCACUUUUCUUAUGCAUUUUAAUUUGAACCCAACUGGUUGCAGAAGUGUGAAGCGCUUAUACUUUUCUCAACAUUGUGAUGUUUUGAUACCCAAUUUCACUUUAAAAGGAACAUUCUGGGUUCAAUACAAGUUUAGCUUAA